AUGGCCAACUACUGGCAGCAGACCAGCAUCGGCGGAAUGCCCUCGCCCAUGCAGCCCAGCAUUCGCGGCCGACACAUUGCCUGUCAGAUCUCGAACCACAAGGAGCUCAACACGAAGCACUUUGAGCAGCAGGGCGGCAUUGACGAUCACAACGGCGGCGGCUACGGCCAGCUGCACAAUGGCGGCGCAAUGAACGGCGACCACCACAUGGGCAAGGACACCUCCUCGACGCCCUCGCCGGUCAUUCGCGUCAUCGUCGACAAUCUGAUCUACGUGGUGAACCUGGACAACCUCUACCAGAUCUUCAGCCGCGCCGGGAAGGUCCUCAAGAUUGUGACCUUCACGAAGAACAGCGUCUUCCAGGCGCUAGUCCAGUUUGGCGACAUUCCCUCGNUGACCUUCACGAAGAACAGCGUCUUCCAGGCGCUGGUCCAGUUUGGCGACAUUCCCUCGGCCAUUCAGGCGAAGCUCUCACUCGACGGCCAGUGCAUGUUCUCCAACGGCAACGUCCUCCGCAUCGAGUACAGCAAGCUGCAGAAUCUCAUUGUCAAGUACAACAAUGAAAAGUCGAGGGACUACACGCAGCCUCAGCUCGGAGCGGGCAACUUUGGCGGCGCAUCAGGUGGUGGUGGUGGUGAUCGAGGCUCGGCUGGCGGCGUCGGCGGUAGCACGUCCAGUCUGAACGGCGGCGGCAUUGGCGGCGGCGUGGUCGACUCGGCCAGCGUCGCUGCGCAGCUGUCCGCAGCAGCCAGCUCCGCCGAUCACUUUGGCAAUCUGCUGAACGCUGGCGGAGGUGGCUCUGCUGCUGGUCUCACCUUUCCCGGAUUUCCGGGCAGCCAUCACUCGAAUGGAUCGGCGCAAUUCGCUGCUGCCGNGCAC